AUGGUUGCCCAAAAUCCUCCGAAUGCUCACACUUUGAAAGUCCUUGCACUUCUCAGCACAUCGAAUGCUCCUGCAGAGCAACUGCUGUUGAAGCAGCUUGUUCCUGCCGAUAUCUCUCUCACUCAUGCUUUGCUAUGCGUCAAUGCCUUGUGCAUGCUCGUGAUCCAGCGAGGUGAUUCGGAUUUGUUAGCUAAGAAGUUGUCUGGCACAACUCUGUUACAGAUCUUCAACAUUCUUCAAACCCAUCGAUGUGGUCCAACACUGCUACUAGUGCUGUGUUCAUGCAUGGAAUCACUUUUCAAGAUCUCCAAGAAUCCAACAACUUUGCAGGCUGUUCUUCGCACUAUACCGACACUGAGGGAUGAACGUCUGCGAACAGAGAUACAAUGGACCAUUGCUUCAUUGGCUUUAGCCCAUUCACUAAAGAGUGACCUGCCUCAGAUUACUAGAACAUUCCUGAUAGACAAGCAAAAGCUGCUGGAAGGGGCUUUGCUGACUAUGGAAAGUCAGUUUCCUCUGCCAGGAUUCAACGUUGCCAAGUGGAAUUCUGUUGAAUCUCCACCAUCAAAGUCCAAUGAGCAUCAAGUGUUUAUACAGAAAAACACCGCAAUCAUUGGUGUAAACAAGGAUCCAAAUGUGGAAAUCACUUCUCGCACUGUAGUCGGAAGGCAUUGUUGGAUUCUUGAGCCGCAUAAAUCUGACCGAAAAGAGUGUCGUAAUGUAAAUGCAUGGUUACAGAAGGAAGCGCAACGAGGCCGUCGAGCGGCUCGCGACUCCGUAGGCAUCCUUGGAACUAUGGAUGAUCCAUUUGAUGCACUUCCUCGUCCUAAUAACACAAUGAACACCAAAUGUCCUCCUGAGUGGAUAGAUAUCCUCGAGAGUAGCCGUAGACAACCACAACCUUUGAAACCAGUGACGCACAACACUAACAAGCCUGUUAUCACAAGGUAAUG